CGUGUCAAAAUGACAUCACGCGCUUCUAUAGCCCGACGUAAAAACAACUAAUCGGGAAACGAAUAGGAUGAUUAGAAACGACGGGGUGACGUCCCCACGCAAACUCCUGGAAGCCGCCGUGAAGGUGAGAAAGCUAGACCUCGCUCAAGCAGCCCAAUUCGGAAAACUAACUCGUAAUGCGGGACAACGCAUAUCAAAUUUCGAAGAAUUCAAGAAAGUUUACGGCCCUUGCGCCAAUAAGCAGUCUACGGUGCAAGCUUUGAAUUCGAAAAGCUGUUUCAAGACGCUGAAAGCCAACAAAGACCCGAAGCACGUGAAGUUUGUGGAAAUAGAGGUGCCCGCGAAUCUGGGAGCGGAAAAUGCGAUCUUGCCCGUCGGAGAAGAUCACGGAGUUCGGAAGAAAGUUGCGGUCGAAAUGGUGAACCGAGAAAUUGUCACUGAUAACCUGAUUACCGAGAAUCACACGAAUGCGGACUCGUCGACUCGGAAGCAACUUAAUGACGUCGCCGUGUGUGUCCCCAGUAGAAAGCAGAAAUUUCCGAAGAGCAAUACGAAGACGUUAAAAAGGAAAGAUAAACGCGAGAAGAUUGCCACGGCGUUAUCCGACAUCAACGAAAAACUAGAGAAGAUACUCGUAGUGGAUGAUUCCUCUACGAAAACAAAAGCUGCCGUUAAAGAUGAAAGCUGCACACAGAGCUGCAACGUGGAAGUGCUCUUUCAGAACCGGCAUUAUCCGGACGACCUGAAAAUUGAGGAUACCCUCAAAGAAAUCGAGGCGCACCUCGACAACAUCGCCAAUUUGGACGUCGAAGGCGGCGAUCAGAAAAUGAGAGAUGAGGAGAACAUUGACAUUCAAAAAUCGAUGAAAGUGAGAUCACCGCUCAGUUUUGAAUAUCCCAGAGAGAGGGCAACAGCAGACAUCGUUUUGAGAAACGCGCGGGAAGCAAAAUCAAACAAACUCACCGCCAUACGUCGACAAAUCGCAACGAUCGAGGAAUUUUUCGAUCGAAUCGAGAACCUAGACAAGAGUGAUAGCGAAUCUCACAACGAAAGUACAGUACAACCGCAAAUAGAACAGUCAUGCCCGCCGACAAAAGAAGGAUUAGUUUCGCAGACUGAUCUCAUCCAAGCUAUCCAGAAAUCUUCUUUUCUAUCCAAAGAGUUUAACUUGGAAUGCAAAGUGAAAGUAUUUUCGGACAGCGAGAAGAACUUUUUAAGGGAACGGCGAGGGUUUUUGAGGAGGAACGGCGACAGGUACCGAAGUCAGGACAGUAUAUCCAAGUUAAUAGAGAACGUGAGGGUGUCCCUGGAGAACACCCUGUACGAGCCCGCAUCUUAAGGAUUAUACGUUUUAACUUGCUUUUGUUUUUUAUUAAAAUAGAGGCAUAGUAGUGCUAUGAGGAAACGAAUCUUUGUAAUGGGGUUUAUAAGAAAACUUAGCUUUUAUAAGAG